UUCAUCCCACCACCCAUCCCAUACCUUUUUCAUCUAUCACACCCCCAAAAAAAAACACAAGCAGAAGCCAUCCAUACACCACUGCUGCUGCUGCAGUUUUAUGGGUGGUAACCACCCCCAACAACAACUGCAUUUCUUCUCUCUUACCUCCAUUUCCCUGUCUAGCCUACUGCUGCUUCUAUUCCCUCCACCAACCCACCCACCCACCGCCACCACCAACACCGCCUCUUCUUUAUUGAUCAAAGUUGUUCAGAAGGCCAACAAUCUUUAUGGAUCCAUUUUCUACCACCAUUCUGACCCUUCUCGUGCUCUCCAUUAGUAGAGGUGUUUCAGGAGCUAAAUUUACCUUCACAAACAAGUGUGACUACACAGUGUGGCCUGGAAUUCUAGGAACCCCAAGCUUAGACAGCACAGGCUUUGAGCUAACCAAGGGUAGUACCCGAUCCUUCCAAGCUCCAACCGGAUGGUCUGGCCGGUUCUGGGGCCGAACCGGGUGUAACUUCGACGGCUCCGGUCAGGGAUCAUGCUCCACCGCCGACUGUGGCUCAGGCCAAAUCGAGUGCAAUGGCGCCGGAGCCACCCCUCCGGCGACCCUGGCAGAGUUCACCCUCGGGUCGGGUUCUCAGGACUUCUACGACGUCAGCCUCGUCGACGGGUACAAUUUGCCCAUGGUCGUUGAAGUGAGUGGCGGGUCGGGUAAGUGUGCAUCCACGGGUUGUAUUGAAGACUUGAACCGAAAAUGCCCAUCGGAGCUGAAGGUUGAGGGUGGCGGGGCUUGUAGAAGCGCGUGCGAAGCUUUUCGGACGCCGGAGUACUGUUGUAAAGGCGACUUCAAUUCACCGGCGGCUUGUGCGCCGUCGGUGUACUCGCAAAUAUUCAAGUCGGCGUGUCCGAAAUCGUAUAGCUACGCGUACGAUGAUACCACGAGUACCUUUACGUGUACGAAUGCUGAUUACACCGUUAUAUUUUGUCCGUCACCCUCGAGGUAUUUGUAGCAUCAGAAUUACUAUUUAAAUAAAUUACACUCACAUCCCCUAAUAAAUAAAAAAAACCUAAAACGCAACAUGAACUUACUUACUAACUUACUAAAUACGGCUUAUAAAUAACUUAUAAAUAUCACACAUUGCAAAACACGACAUGAACCUAACCCCACACGAUUAUAACUAAUUAAUUGAGUAUGAGUUAAAUGAAUUUUAACAUAACACGACACGACACGAUUUAUUGACAAACUCGAAAAUAAUUAUUACCAAGCAUCCAAACAUGAACACUCCGAAAUUUUGGAUCACUUUUGAAAUGGGAGGAGAUGAUGAUGAUAUCGUUUUUUAAUGCACUAUUUUAAGUCUUGGUUUAUUUGCACGUUUUAAUUUUGGAGAAUUAACAUGGGGAAUGGUUUGCUUUUGCAGUUCAAAAGCUUCAUCAAAAUCAACGGGUACAGCUGAUGGGUCAGGGUCGGUGGAGGAGGCUAUUUUGGCUAAUGGGUCAUGGAUGGCAAAUUUGGCCACAGGGGACUCAACUAGAAGACAUCCUUUGGAUGGUGUUCAAUUUUUUGCAGCCAUUGUUGCUGCUGUAUCUCUCACACUAUCAUUUAUGCAAUUGUAAUCUCCAUUGUUUCCCUAUCUUCCAUUGACAGUGCAUGAUCCAAUAUCAGAGAGAGAGAUGAGACGUAGAAUCAAAGAUCUGACAGAACAUGAGAUACUGGGUGGGCGUCAUUCGGGUUAGGGAAGUUGACAAAAACCAUACUGUAAGCCACCCACUUGCCAGUUCUCCAUAUA